AUGUCUCCUCCCUAUGCAGUCUUUGCCACAAUAUGUGUAAUGGUCCUCAAGCAGGUCAACCUCAUCGUUGACGAGCCCUACAUGGUGUUCACUUCCCAUCAAAUCACCCCCGCCGACCACGACGAACCGUUCCACGUACCGCAGGCUCAGGCUUACUGUAGGGGCGAGUUUGAAACAUGGGAUCCAAAAAUCACUACUCCACCUGGCCUAUACCUGAUGUCGCUGUUGUUGAAAAAGAUAUUCGUGUUCAAAUGCAACCUGUCCAUGCUGAGGUUGACCACAAUGUUGGCUCUGCUAGCUUUGCCACUGGUGCUUACCCGUCUGUUGUGCUACCACAAGCGGAUACGACCGCCGACGACCUGGCUGUCGCCUUCGCUCGAAGCAGUCGUCCUGUCGUUCUUCCCCAUCGCGUGGUUCUUUGGCUUCCUCUACUAUACAGAGGCUCCCAGUCUCUUCACAGUAGCGCUGACUGUGGUUGCUGCGACGCAAAACAGACACUGGUUAGCGGCUCUGUUUGGCCUAAUUAGCUGUACCUUCCGCCAAACCAACGUCAUAUGGAUGCUUUACGCAUAUGCCUCGAGUCAAGUGAUGAUGCUGCGUUUCAAGCCUCCGCCCAAAGAGGGUGAACCAGACAAGCGAUUGCACGACCCGCCUGCAUUACACGCGUCGUUAGCUGACAUCCCUCGAAUUGUUUGUGACGUUCCAAAGAUUGUACCCCAGAUCUUGCCGGCAUUCAUCCCAUACAUGUUCGUGCUAUGUGCUUUUGCGGUGUUUGUGAUUUGGAACGGGGGCAUCGUUUUGGGUGAUAAAUCCAAUCAUGUUCCGACUUUGCAUAUCCCUCAGCUGUAUUAUUUUUUUGGGUUCACGACGGCUCUGGGGUGGCCCGUCCUUCUCAGCUAUUCAGGUGGUCCCCGAAAGCUCAUAGGCGAUGUUUGGAAACGGAUGUUUGGUGGCAAACGCCAAACCCUGGUAUCAGUGAUCGUAAUGCUUUUAAUGGUAUUCACGGUUAAGAAUUUCACGAUCCACCAUCCUUUCCUUCUCUCCGACAACCGACACUACACCUUCUAUGUCUGGAGACGGGUUUACCUCCUUCAUCCAGCUGUUCCCUAUUUGCUAGUGCCGGCCUAUCUCGCCUGUGCUUGGGCAUGGUAUUUGCGGGCUGGUGCGUGUUUUCCUGCUGGUGUUCGAUCGCGACUGAUCCAACACGUCACUAGCAAGCGACCAGACGCUGUUGCAGAACCUGCUCUUGCCCGUGUUUGUGGUCCCAACCUUGCUUCCAACUCCGUUGUUGGAACCGCGUUACUUUUUGAUUCCGUACAUCCUUCUCCGGGCGCAAAUUAG